AUGGAGAGAGGUUCAGCUCCGAAGCGGAACGCGACCGCAUGCGAGCACUGUCGCACAGCAAAGGCAAAGUGCCAGCCCAGUGAACAACCUGGAAUGUCUUGCCUCGAGGAGAGAGUGCGUGUCUCGUACCAAAGCGCGGCCCCGCAGGUCACCACCGCAGAAACGGGCCAGUCACCAGCUGGUCAACCUAGUACCUUUAGCAUUGACUAUCUAGUUCCCAUCAGGUCGCACGUCGAAGAUGAUUUUGAGACUUUACGGGAGUUGCACAAUUCUGCCCUUGAUACUGUCCUAGAUACAGAUGACCCCAUCGACUUUCUCCCAACACCGAGUCAAUCUGCCUCUGCCAGUCAGUCAGGCUCGUCUACCCAGUCCCAAUCUCGCUCCGUUUUCGAGAGUUGGCGGAAACCCCAGUUCAACAUGGCUUCAGCUGAGAGCCUAUUACGCAACUUUAGCUCCAUGCUCGAGUACAUUCCUUUCAUAGUGUUGCCCGCUGAUUCAACCGUAACCCAAGUGGCUGCCACGAAACCCUUCAUUCUAUUGGCCAUCUUGACCGUGUCUUCAAGGUCGAGGCCAGUUCAGAAGCACUCGCUGUAUGACGAGGAAUUUCUGAGAGUCUUAGGGCUCAAGUAUGUAUCUGGAGGAGAGAGAAGUCUUCAACUGCUACAAGGCCUCCUGAUAUACUGUUCCUGGUAUCCGUUUCACCUAAAACCUAAAAGCUCACGGCUGGUCCAAUGUAUGCGAAUGGCCGCGGACAUAGUCCACGACCUAUCCUUGGAUGAGGAUUUCCUCUCAUCUGACCCAUGGGGACGGGGAGUGACGAGCGAAGAGCUAGACAUGAUCCGGGCAUACCUUGCCUACGUGUAUCUCGUCUCCACAUACGUCGCUGUGUGGAAGGGAGACAAAUGUGUACAUACCCGCCUCCCACCUUGGGCAGGGACAGCCAUCGACAUUUUGGAGCAGAAUGCCCAGGUUGAAGGCGAUCGCACACUGGCGGCCUUGGUCCGCCUAUCAAGAUUAAGCUCCGAUGCGGGAGACGCCAUAAACGACAGAGACGGUCAGACUGUACGAAACAGCCAGUUGACCCUACUAGGACUCGAACAACAGUAUCAGCAAAUAAGGAACAACAUACUAGCUACAUCCCCCAAUCUCCUCGCCAAAGAACCUGUUCGGUUACAAAUGAUGUUUCUCGACAUAUACCUCGACACGGGGAGCUUACUCGCCCUUCCCGUUGCCAAAACUUCGUUAUCUGCCAAACUCACACGCUUCCCGCCACCGAUAUCCAAAAUCUACAGCGGCACGAGAAAGAUACGGGCCUGUUUGGACUACGUAGGCGGGCUAAGCGACAAGGCGAUACUAUCCUUUACUGUCAACGACUGGACGCGGCUCAUAACCAUCUUUACACUGGCAUUCCGGCUGUCGUUUCCUCUCAAGGAAUGCCCUGACUUUGACUGGGAGUGGGCCAAUUCGGAAAUCCAGCUAGAUCAAUUCUUAUCCAAGAUUUCGCGUGAAGGAGAUACAACGGUUGCUUCAAACGGCGUUCUUUCGGCCAAUCGUGCUGUACUCGGCGUGCUAAAGGCAAAGUACAAUCGUCGGCUGAGCUCGCUUAGCGAACAGCCAUCACGCGAAGUUAGCAAGACAUUUGGAUGCCCAAUGAUGAGUGGUGGCACAUUAAUAGCCGAGGCAAAUUGGAACUCGGGCCUUACCCAGGCAUCAGCACAGUCGACGAUCGUUGAUAUGCCUGAGGUGCUUCCAGGGUUUCACGAUGACUGGGCAACGCUGGCAGAGGAAUGGCACAAUAGCGAGGAGAUGACUUGGGAAUCGUUCGACGACCAAUUUACCAACAGUAUGGGUACAACCGAGAGCAGUUGGUCACUAUAA